AUGCAAGUUAGCGUUGCGGGUCUAAUGUCGACGGUUGUUGCGUCUUGCACCCCUAUGAGUCGCUCGCCCGUUCUGCCGUCUUCUUCCGGCACGCCGGCGAGCCGCUCUUGGAGGCCGGCGGCAGCGACGGCGUUCCCUAAUUCUCUCGCCGUCAAGUGCUGCCGGCCGACGUCUGUGGUACUCCGCGCUCACCCGGAGAAACAGCUGCCGGCGUUCAACAUUCCCCCCACCGCCCUGCUGUACCCCGUGCAACCGCCGGACAGCAAGGAGCGGUGGGACAUCAAGGAGGAGGAGAGGCACGUCAAGAUAUGGCUCCAGGUACCCGGGCUCUCGGAGAACGACCUCGAGAUCACCGCCGGCGAGGACAUGCUCGAGAUCAAGAGGAAGGCUGGCACCGGGGCCGGCGGCCGCGAAGAGCCGCCGGUGGAGGUGCACGGGGUGGGCUCCUUCCACGUCAGGCUUCUCAUGACGAAGGAAUACAACAGCGAGGACGUCACCGCGGAGCUCAAGGCCGGGAUGCUGGAGAUUACCAUCGGCAAAGCCGACAACCGUGGCAUCAAAAAACCAGUCGGGUUUGGGAAGAAAAGCACCACCAAGAACACGCCAACCCAAGACAAGCCAAGCUUAAACAGUGCCCAAGGACAAGUGGCCCGGAUGAUUUGGUACUCCAUCACUAAUUCCAAGUGGACCUUCAGGAGGGCCAGCCCGACACUACACUUGAAAGCUCACCACCUCGGGGCGCAGUUUCUCGGGUCCACGACCACGAGCUUCAACUUCAAGGGCACGAUUUGGGAAAAUUGCGAGCCAAGGCGCUAA